GCGAAACGGGUACAGCCCCUUUCCAUACCGAGACAGUUGUCUUACUUGACACAGUUUGACCUUGUCAGUAAAGAGGUGGAUCUACAGGUUCACUGUAGAAAAGUUCGUAUAGUGCGCAAUAAACAACACUACUCGGGUGAAAGGUCGACUAAAGCAACCCCGUUUGUAAAGCAACGAAAAACCAACAAACCAAAACAGAAACCUCUCAUCAUCAUGGGUGUUCAGGAUCUGCAGGAUCAUGUGCUGGUGCAGUGUGACUUCGAAAUCUUCGGUCAGGUGCAAGGAUGUGGCUUCACCAAGCACUGCCGGGACAACUGUUUGGCGCUGAGCAUUAAAGGAUGGGUGAAAAACUCCAAACAGGGUACCAUCAUGGGCAAGAUGCAGGGUGCCAAGGGCGAUGUCGGUAAAAUGGUCGAUUGGCUUUCCAAAACCGGUUCGCCCGGAUGUAAAAUCGACAAGGCAGAAUUCACCAACUGGGGCACUUGUUCGCGGUUGGCGUUUACGGACUUUGCGAUUAGAUUUUAAGUUAGCACACCCUUGCCACCUACUCACGCACCACAACGUGGGAUGAUAAACACGUUAAACGCUAAGCAGUGAUGUAUUCUAUUUUAAUUUGGAUAAUAAUUCUAUGAUAGACAUGCAUGGAAGGAGAAACCAUGUGGCACUGGUCCGAGAAUGCUUCUUGAGAGAGACAGAACAAUGUUCAUUCGCGAGCGCGAAUACGUGUGAGAAGCUGUUUAGAUGAUAUUAUUAUUAUGUGUUUUCUAUGUAUGUUUUACUGUUUGUCCAGUUGGCAGAACAGGACGUAUCUGCACUGUAUUCGAGUUACCGGUAUGGGAAGAGAGGUAAAUUGACAGGGCGAUAGUGUAGGAACAGCAAAUCAAUAAUUGUACUCAAGUGUAGGGAUCCGUUUCCGUUCGCUAGGCACUUCCGUUCGAAGUCGGUAGUCACCAGUAAGUGUACUUACGCUCAACACGAAUCACACCUAAAAGCAGUAGAAAAAAACAUAAACACACAUUACUCAUUACAUGCAGUGUUAUCAUCCGCAAUGAACGAAGUCUUCGAUAGGUUAAGAAUAUUUAUAUUGAUCUGUAAAUACUGUGAAUGAGAAGAAAGAUGAAGAUGAGAGCAAUAAAGCACCAAUCUAACCUGUGAAGCUA